CAAAAGGGGCACUGGAAUCUUGGCGCCGCAGACGCCGGGGCUGGGCGGUCAGCAGAGGGGGUAGAGGCCUGAGAGCGGUGAGCCGCCAGACACGAGUGUGACCGCUGCUUUUCAGGGCAGACCAAGUGGGGCCCAGGAGUGGCACAGCAGCACCCUAACUGGACCCACAUGGGAAAGGCCCUGGGUUGACAUUCCCAUACCCCGCUCUGGCCUCUGUGGUUUCUGCUUCUCCAGUAAAUGAAUCUUGAAGAAGACUGACCACUUUUUGCAGUUCUAUAACGAUGGCUAAAGAUUUGGUAAUGUUCAGAGAUGUGACUAUAGACUUUUCUCAGGAAGAAUGGGAAUGCCUGAACCCAAAUCAGAGAAAUUUGUACAGAGAUGUGAUAUUAGAGAACUACAGUAACUUGGUGUCACUGGCAGGAUGUUCCAUUUCUAAGCCAGAUGUGAUUACCCUACUGGAACAAGGGAAAGAACCCUGGAUGGUUGUACAGGAUGAGAAAAGAAGAUAUGGCCUAGAUUUGGAAUCCAAGUAUGACACUAAAAAGUUAUUUCAAGAAAAAGAUAUUUAUGAAAUGAAUUUAUCUCAGUGGGAGAUAAUGGAAAGAAUUAAAAAUCAUGACCUUGAGGACUCCUUUUUCAGAAAAGAUUAUGAAUAUAAAAAGUUUGAGAACCAAGGUUUUCCUGAGGCAUUGUUUAGGCAAGUGAAAAAAGCAACUCCUGAAAAAAUGCCCAUUUAUAGAAAACUUACUUCUCUUGCACUGUAUCAGAAAAAUCAUAACAGAGAAAAACCCUAUGAAUGUGGGGAAUGUGGGAAGGCUUUUAGAGUACGCCAACAACUUACUUUUCAUCAAAGAAUUCAUACUGGUGAGAAACCCUACGAAUGUAAAGAAUGCGGAAAAACCUUUAGACAAUGUGCCCACCUUAGUCGACAUCAAAGAAUUCAUACUUCUGACAAACUCUAUGAAUGUAAAAAAUGUGGAAAUAUCUUUACAUGUGGCUCAGACCUUCGAGUACAUCAGAGAGUUCAUGUUGGUGAGAAGCCCUAUGAAUGUAAGGAAUGUGGGAAAGCCUUUAGAGUUCGAGGACAACUUAAUCUCCAUCAGAGGAUUCAUACUGGUGAGAAACCCUAUGACUGUAAGGAAUGCGGGAAGGCGUUUAGACAGUAUGCACACCUUACUCGACAUCAGAGACUUAACAUUGCUGAGAAGUGCUAUGAGUGUAAGGAAUGUGGUCAGGCUUUUCUUUGUAGCACAGGCCUUCGAAUACAUCACAAACUUCAUACUGGUGAAAAACCCUACGAAUGUAAGGAUUGCGGAAAGGCCUUUAGAGUUAGGCAACAACUAACUCUCCAUCAGAGAAUUCAUACUGGUGAGAAGCCCUAUGAUUGUAAGGAAUGUGGGAAGACAUUUAGUCGCGGCUAUCAUCUGACUCUCCAUCAGAGAAUUCAUACUGGUGAGAAACCUUAUGAAUGUAAGCAGUGUCAGAAGUUCUUUCGUCGUUACUCAGAACUUAUUUCACAUCAAGGUAUUCAUAUUGGAGAGAAACCUUAUGAAUGUAAGGAGUGUGGGAAGGCCUUUAGACUAUUCUCACAGCUUACCCAGCAUCAAAGUAUUCAUUUUGGUGAGAAACCUUAUAAAUGUAAGGAAUGUGAGAAGACUUUCAGACUGCUUUCACAGCUCACUCAACAUCAGAGUAUUCAUACUGGUGAAAAACCCUAUGACUGUAAGGAAUGUGGAAAAGCCUUCAGACUUCAUUCAUCACUUAUUCAACAUCAGAGAAUUCAUUCUGGUGAGAGACCAUACAAAUGUAAGGAAUGUAAGAAGGCAUUUAGACAACAUUCACACCUUACUUACCAUCAGCGAAUUCAUAAUGUAACAUAAUUAUAAGAAUGCUUCCAUUGUGAAUUUUAUAUAAAGGAGCAUUAGAAAAUAAUUUUUACGGGAAAAGUUUCUGAAUGUAGGAAUACCUUUUGCUCAUUCUGAAAAUAGAUAAAAGGAAAGAAGUAGGGGCCGACAGGUGAUGUGGUUAAAGGUGCUAGAUUCCCACAUAGCUGA